AUGGAUAUUGUAGCAAUAGUAUUGUCUCUGCUCUUUAUCUUCUUUCUCUUCUUCUUUUUCUACACCACCGGAAAAUCAUGUCCCGGUGGAGCCAAGAACCCACCGGGUCCUUCAAAGCUAUCUCUGCUUCGUAACAUCCUUCAAACUGUUGAAAAACCUCACCGUUCACUUGCCGAUCUCUCAAGAAUUUACGGAAGCGUUAUGAGUUUUAAGCUUGGCUGUUUGACCACAGUGGUCAUAUCUUCACCGGAAACAGCAAAAGAAGUGCUGAAAACACAUGAUCAUGUCUUGUCUUAUCGAGUCUCCAGUGACCCGGUUCGAGCCGCUGGUCAUCACGAGCUUUCCUUGCUCUGGAUUCCUCCGUUGGCUCGUUGGAGGUUUCUACGAAAGAUAACGAGGAACCAAUUAUUCUCAACGCAACGUCUAGAAGCAACCAGUGCUAUAAGGACGAGGAAGGUGCAAGAACUCAUGAACUUCGUUAACAAAUGCUGCGAGAGACGAGAAGCUGUGAACAUCUCUCGAGCAUCAUUCAUCACAUCACUCAAUAUAAUCUCGAACGCUCUGUUUUCCACAAACCUCGCAAACUUUGAUGACUCAAAGACAUUUCACGAUUUCCAAAACGUGGUGAUUCGGAUGAUGGAGAUCUCCGGAAAACCCAACCUCGCUGAUUUCUUCCCUUUUCUUGGGUUUCUUGAUCUGCAAGGAGCUAGAAAAGAAGCGAGGCUAUUGAUGCACAAACUGUUUAGGGUUUUUCAAGGAUUCAUCGAUACAAAGAGAUCAUCAACUUCGAGAAAUAACAACGAUAUGUUAGAUUCUCUUUUGGAUAUUGCUCAUAAGAAGGAGUCAGAACUCGAUGACAAUAAUAUCAAACAUCUGCUUCUCGACUUGUUUCUGGCGGGAGUAGACACGAGUUCGAGUGCGGUGGAAUGGGCUAUGGCGGAGUUACUUCGAAACCCUAAGAUGAUAGUGAAAGUUCAAGAAGAGAUAAGACAAGUGAUAGGGCUAAAGGGCACCGUUCAAGAUCUUGAUAUCGUUAAACUACCUUAUUUACAAGCAGUUGUGAAAGAGAGUCUUCGUUUGCAUCCGCCUGCUCCUUUCCUCGUCCCUCGAAAAUCAGAGUCUGAUGAUGUCCAAAUUUUCGAGUUCCUCAUUCCUAAGAAUACUCAGGUUCUUGUGAACGUGUGGGCAAUAGGGCGAGAUCCGAAUGUGUGGAAGAAUCCGACGCAGUUCGAGCCAGAGAGGUUUUUGGGAAGAGGAAUAGAUGUGAAAGGUAAUCAUUUUGAGCUGAUUCCGUUCGGAGCUGGACGACGGAUUUGUCCAGGAAUGCCACUCGCGUUUAGGAUAAUGCAUCUAGUUCUUGCGUCUCUUCUCUAUGGCUUUGACUGGGAGUAUCAAAACGGCGUAGUUCCUGAAAAUGUGGAUAUGAAUGAGGCCUUUGGUGCUACCUUGCACAAAGCCGAACCAUUAUGUAUCGUGCCUAUCAAGAAACGUGUUUGACAAUUGACAUCAAUUUCGAUUUCUGUAGUUCUCGGCCGGUAUAGUUCGGUUUCUAUCUGGUUCGGUCAUAACCUUUGAAAUUAUGAAAAAAUCUAAUUUAU